AUGCCCAUCAUAGAAUAUCAGGUCGUCGGGCGCCAUUUGCCCACGGAGGCUGAUCCUACUCCCAAAAUCUAUCGCAUGCGUAUCUUCGCACCCAACGAGGUGGUCGCCAAGUCGCGUUUCUGGUAUUUCCUCCGACAACUGAAGAAGGUCAAAAAGGCCAGCGGUGAAAUCAUCGGGGUCAACGUUAUUCAUGAGAAGAAGCCCUUGAAAGUCAAGGUCUUCGGCAUUUGGCUCCGCUACGAUUCGCGUUCCGGUACACACAACAUGUACAAGGAGUUCCGUGAGCUCAGCCGCGCUGAUGCCGUGAAGAGCCUGUACCAGGAUAUGGCUGCCAGGCACCGUGCCCGUUUCCGGUCUAUCCACAUUCUCCGUGUUGUCGAGAUUGAGAAGACCGAGGACGUCCGCCGGCCAUACAUCAAGCAGCUUAUGGUCCCCAACCUCAAAUUCCCUCUACCUCACCGCGUCCAGAAGGUUCGCUCGACAUUUGUCGCGCACCGCCCGUCAACGUUCUAG